ACUAGAGUCCCCGCGCGCGCGCACGCAGGCCAAUGGCAGAAAAGGGCUAGGCUGGGCUAGGCUGAGAGGAAAGGGCUGUGAGCGGGCAGGCAGCCUGUCCUCCCGCGAGCCUGCAAGGAUGCGGCAGGGGACUGAGACCAUGGGGAGGUGCUAACUUCCUACCCACCCACCCCCCAGCCGGGGAUCCGGGCUGGCAUACCCGGCCCCCCAGGCUAGUUUCCUGCCAAGCGCAACCAAGAAGCCAAAGGCGCUUUGGAAGGCAUAAAAAGAAAAAAAGAGGGGUGCUGGAGAAGGGUGCUGAUCACCAGAGCUGGUCCCUCCGCAAACGCAGGAAGAAAGGAGGAAGGGGGUCAGAGACUGGAGAGGAAACGCCAGAACCCCGGUCUGCGGACUGGCUCGGGAGCCUCCCUGAAGACCUGGGCGCUCUGCGCCAUCGUCUUCAAUGCCUCUCUGAAGAGCCUUUAGUAAGAGUGUGAGAGAAAGAGAGGGAGCGCGUACCAGGGAGAGUAGCAAAGAAGAUGAGGAGUAUUUGCAGUCAGAUUGUCUUGUUGUUUUCUGGAUUUUGGGGACUCGCCAUGGGAGCCUUUCCAAGCAGCGUCCAAAUAGGUGGUCUCUUCAUCCGAAACACAGACCAGGAAUACACUGCUUUUAGAUUGGCAAUCUUUCUUCAUAACACCAGCCCCAAUGCCUCUGAAGCCCCUUUCAAUCUGGUACCUCAUGUGGACAACAUUGAGACAGCCAACAGUUUUGCUGUGACAAAUGCCUUCUGUUCCCAGUAUUCUAGAGGAGUGUUUGCCAUUUUUGGACUCUAUGAUAAGAGGUCAGUGCAUACCUUGACCUCAUUCUGCAGUGCCCUACACAUCUCCCUCAUCACACCCAGCUUCCCCACUGAAGGGGAGAGCCAGUUCGUACUGCAGUUAAGGCCUUCCUUGAGAGGUGCACUCCUGAGCCUGCUGGAUCACUAUGAAUGGAAUUGUUUCGUCUUCCUGUAUGACACAGACAGGGGAUAUUCAAUACUUCAAGCUAUUAUGGAAAAAGCAGGACAGAAUGGAUGGCAUGUCAGUGCAAUAUGUGUGGAAAAUUUUAACGAUGUCAGCUACAGGCAGCUGCUAGAAGAGCUGGACAGAAGACAAGAGAAGAAAUUUGUAAUAGACUGUGAGAUAGAAAGGCUUCAGAACAUUUUAGAACAAAUUGUGAGUGUGGGGAAGCAUGUCAAAGGCUACCAUUAUAUCAUCGCAAAUUUGGGUUUCAAGGAUAUUUCUCUUGAGAGAUUUAUACACGGUGGAGCAAAUGUCACUGGAUUCCAGUUGGUAGAUUUUAAUACGCCCAUGGUAACCAAACUAAUGGAUCGAUGGAAGAAACUAGAUCAGAGAGAAUAUCCAGGAUCUGAAACACCUCCAAAGUACACCUCUGCUCUGACGUAUGAUGGAGUUCUGGUGAUGGCUGAAACCUUUCGAAGUCUCAGAAGACAGAAAAUUGACAUUUCAAGGAGAGGAAAUGCUGGGGAUUGUCUGGCAAACCCUGCUGCUCCCUGGGGCCAGGGAAUUGACAUGGAGAGAACACUAAAACAGGUUCGAAUUCAAGGACUGACUGGGAAUGUUCAAUUUGACCACUAUGGACGUAGAGUUAAUUACACAAUGGAUGUAUUUGAACUAAAAAGCACAGGACCUCGAAAGGUUGGCUACUGGAAUGAUAUGGAUAAGUUAGUGUUGAUCCAAGAUGUACCCACUCUCGGCAAUGACACAGCAGCUAUUGAAAACAGAACAGUGGUUGUAACCACUAUAAUGGAAUCCCCAUAUGUUAUGUACAAGAAAAAUCAUGAAAUGUUUGAAGGAAAUGACAAGUAUGAAGGCUACUGUGUAGAUUUGGCAUCUGAAAUUGCAAAACAUAUUGGUAUCAAGUAUAAAAUUGCCAUUGUCCCUGAUGGAAAAUAUGGAGCAAGGGAUGCAGACACUAAAAUCUGGAAUGGAAUGGUAGGAGAGCUUGUGUAUGGGAAAGCAGAAAUUGCUAUUGCACCUCUAACAAUCACCUUGGUACGUGAAGAGGUCAUCGACUUCUCCAAGCCUUUUAUGAGUUUAGGCAUCUCUAUCAUGAUCAAGAAGCCUCAGAAAUCCAAACCGGGAGUAUUCUCCUUCUUAGACCCUCUGGCCUAUGAAAUCUGGAUGUGCAUAGUAUUUGCAUACAUUGGUGUCAGUGUGGUCUUGUUUCUAGUCAGUAGGUUUAGCCCAUAUGAGUGGCACACAGAAGAGCCUGAGGACGGAAAGGAAGGUCCCAGCGACCAGCCUCCCAAUGAGUUUGGCAUCUUUAACAGCCUCUGGUUUUCCCUGGGGGCCUUUAUGCAACAAGGAUGUGACAUUUCACCCAGGUCCCUGUCAGGUCGGAUUGUUGGAGGAGUCUGGUGGUUCUUCACACUCAUCAUUAUCUCGUCUUACACUGCUAAUCUGGCUGCUUUCCUGACGGUGGAGAGAAUGGUCUCCCCCAUAGAAAGUGCAGAAGACCUGGCCAAACAAACAGAAAUUGCAUAUGGUACACUGGAUUCGGGGUCAACAAAAGAAUUCUUCCGAAGAUCAAAAAUAGCAGUGUAUGAAAAGAUGUGGACCUACAUGCGAUCGGCAGAGCCGUCAGUGUUCACUAGGACUACAGCUGAGGGCGUGGCUCGUGUCCGCAAGUCCAAGGGCAAAUUUGCCUUCCUCCUGGAGUCCACGAUGAAUGAAUACAUUGAGCAGCGAAAGCCCUGUGACACCAUGAAAGUGGGAGGAAACCUGGAUUCCAAAGGCUACGGUGUAGCCACGCCCAAGGGCUCCUCAUUAAGAAAUGCUGUUAACCUCGCAGUUUUAAAACUGAAUGAACAAGGCCUCUUGGACAAAUUGAAAAACAAAUGGUGGUACGACAAAGGAGAAUGUGGCAGCGGGGGAGGUGACUCCAAGGACAAGACGAGUGCCUUGAGCCUGAGCAACGUAGCAGGAGUCUUCUACAUUCUGGUUGGCGGCUUGGGCUUGGCAAUGCUGGUGGCUUUGAUAGAGUUCUGUUACAAGUCCAGGGCAGAGGCGAAGAGAAUGAAGCUGACUUUUUCUGAAGCCAUAAGAAACAAAGCCAGGUUAUCCAUCACUGGGAGUGUGGGAGAGAACGGCCGUGUGCUGACCCCCGACUGCCCCAAGGCCGUACACACGGGAACUGCAAUUAGACAAAGUUCGGGAUUGGCUGUCAUUGCAUCGGACCUACCAUAAAAACCAAAAAAAUAAUUGAGUGCCUUAAUUAAACUGUGUUGGUGACUGAUGGAAAUGCAGCCCAGAGGGACCGGCCCAACGUGGGUCUUGGCUUAAACCCAUUCUUCAGCUGAGAGCAGGAAGGACAUUCUGAGUGCCGGACAGAACCAGUGCAUGAGUUCAGCACGGAAAUUCAGACUCGGAUUUUAUAUCAGGAAAACUCACAAUUUAGUUUUUUGGGGGGAGUGUGGGGGGUUACCUGGGAUGGGUGUAUUAACAGCAACAAAUUCACUUGAGCGCAACUAAAACUAAUCAGACUGGCCAUUUAGAGCAUUCAACUGUGAAGUCCUUUCUCAGAAAGGCCUUGGUCACUACAGCAAAGGAUUCAACAGUUAAUAGAGGUCAAGGAACCUGCUACCCUGUGUUUCCAGAACACCCAUGUAGUUGAUGGAAUAAUCUGCAGCUGAGACGAGCAGUAAUUAAAAUGUGUUAAGAAAAUAAUAAACAUGUAAAUCCUGUGAAAAAAACAACAAAAUUUAAAGAAAGUAUUUACAGUUACCUUGGAAAUAAAACAAUAAUGAAACAUGCUUGCUUUUUAACUGAAGUAAAUCCAGUAGAGGACAACACAAUUCUUUUUUCUAACCAUCUUAGGGAACAAUACAUUGCAAUAAUUGAUAUAAAUGUCAUCACUGUAACAAACUUUAGAGACUUUUUUAAAUGUAAAAUUGUUGGUCUCCUUGUUUCCUGUAACCUUCACUCUGUCACACACCUUGGUUCAUAGAUUGUGUUUGUUUAUCAGGAACGCAAAGAAAAGAGUGAAGAACAUGUUGACAUGAAGUUAUCCAUCUGCAAUGUAGAAUUAAAAAAGACUACGGGUCACUCAUGCUAUCAAUAUAAUUUAUAAUCCUGUUCUGUGUACAAAAUUGUGGUUUUGUACCCACCCAAAAGAAUAAAACAGCAGUUUUUCUUACAGUA